CCUGAGUAAGAUAAGUCUUCGCGCAUUUUAUCCCAGUGCGGAUGAGUCAGUAGGAGUAAACUCCAAAGGGCUCGGUGAGCGAUACGGGCUCCCCUCGCGGAGAGAGGUCCGAUGAGUUCCAGCGGCCGGUACGAGAGCUACGCGUACGAGGGUCCUGCGUUGUAUGUCACCGGCCAACAGGCGGACUACGCGUUGCUGCAGUCCAUCGGUCAGCCUCUGGCGGUCGAGCGGGCCGCGCGCAAGCGAAAAGCCGACGAGCAGCAGAGCAGCGACUGCUCCUGCGGCUCCUCGCCCGACUGUUGGGCGCGUGGCCGCCUGCCCAAAGCAGCCAGGGAGAACGACUCGGAGCUGGCGUACAGCGGUCAGCAAGGCGGGACGCCCGCGCUGAGUCAGUUCUGUGCCAUUUGUGGUGACCGGGCGACCGGAAAACACUACGGUGCCGCCAGCUGUGAUGGCUGCAAGGGCUUUUUUCGGCGGAGCGUCCGCAAGAACCAUCUGUACUCGUGCAGUUUCAACCGGAGCUGCGUUGUGGACAAGGACAAAAGAAACCGGUGUCGCUACUGCCGCCUCAAAAAGUGUUUUCGCGCCGGGAUGAAGAAAGAAGCUGUGCAAAAUGAACGCGACCGUAUAAGCAACCGGAGGCCCAGCUACGAUGAUUCGAAUAAUUCAUCAGGACUCUCAGUCAAAAAUCUACUCAACGCUGAAAUGUACUCAAGAAAUAUAUCCACACCUGUAAGCGAAUUCAGCAUCACGAACAAAAAAGUCGCUACCAUUGGCGACGUAUGUGAAUCCAUGAAGCAGCAACUUCUCAUUCUCGUUGACUGGGCAAAGUCGGUACCCUCAUUCACGGAACUUUCAAUAGAAGACCAGGUGGCGCUGCUGCGCGCGCACGCUGGCGAGCACCUCCUGCUGGGCCUGGCGCGGCGCUCGAUGCACUUAAAGAACGUGUUGCUGCUCGGCAACGACUUCAUCAUCCCGCGCGUAUCUUCCGAGGUUGAGAUCAGCCGUAUCGGGGCGCGCAUCAUGGACGAGCUGGUGACGACGCUUAGAGAGGUGCACAUCGACGACACCGAGUUUGCCUGCCUCCGAGCCAUCGUCUUCUUCGAUCCACACACAAAAGGCCUCAGCGAGCCGCACAAAAUCAAGGCUCUGCGAUAUCAGGUGCAGACGAAUCUGGAGGAUUACAUCAACGACCGCCAAUACGACUCAAGGGGCCGUUUUGGUGAAAUUAUGCUGAUGCUGCCGACGCUGCAAAGCAUAACGUGGCAGAUGAUCGAGCAGAUCCAGUUCGCCAAGCUCUUCGGAAUGGCCAAGGUCGAUAACCUGCUGCAAGAGAUGCUGCUGGGAGGCAUGGUCGGACCACAGGCGUUCUACAACCAAAGCGCAUCGCCGGACUGCCCGUCAGUAGCGUCGACCUCGCCCCUGUCGCUUUCGAGCAGCGUCAUCCACCAGUCCAUCCUGCAGAGCAACGCGGGACUCGAGAACCUCGCGAAUGGCCACCAGGGCCGUCGCUGUGACAGCAACGAGCUGAGCGCCGGCGGCGGCCGACCACAGCCGGACACCCCGAUACCAUCGCCGCCCGAGCCGGCCCCCUUCAAGCCCAUGCAAGAUCUCGGCGUCCAGGCGUUCAAGACUGAGGUGCUGGAGACCGAGUCCACGUACUGAGUGCGUGCCUGUGCCUGCAUGCAUACGUGACAUGCUGCACGGUCGUAUCCGUACGAGUUGCCUCACUCACAGACACACACACUGCCGAUGGCUGCGGCUGGACUCUGCUAGGGGCUGAGGCUUUCUAAUGUACAAAGAAGCAAAAAUCAACGCAAGCGUUUAGCUCUCGUAGCUUACGCCUUUUAACGUUCCGAAGGGAACGUACCGCUGUGUUUGCCAAGGACAAGGUGAUACAAAGUAUUUUCCUCUCAACACUUGAGUCCUCACGCAAGUCAAUCUGUAUUAUAGAAGAAAAUAAUCGCUCUAUUUCUGCAUGCGAAAUGACUGUCAAAGUAGCAGUUUGCGAGACUAUCGAUGUGUAAGUAUUCUCCCAUCAUUUACUGUUUUUACCCUUCGAACAGGAGGCGGUUGGUAAAACACACCAACUGCCCAGCAUCUGAGAGCCUUGACGUGGCUUCGAAGUGUUCAGUGCUUAAAAGCAAACUGGUCAUUUUACAUAUCUGGUCAUAUUGUGAAGAAGAAUGAUUCACCGAGUGCCUUUCAUACAUACUUUUAUUAUAUUGAGGGUACUUUAGAGUAUUCUCGUGCGUAUGCAUGCGAUUUCAAUAAAGUAUAUUGUAUUUU